AUGUUUGAUCCACUAGAUCUGUACGAUGCAGAUAAACGUAGUACUUCAGCUGCAUUGAAUUUUGAAUCACCCCGCCAAUGGGAUCAGAAAUUGUCCAUGCAAGGGCAAGAGAAACAGGAUAAUAGUGAACUACAGACUAAUGAUAAUGAUGAAGAUGGAGAUAGUCUAGUAGGACCGAUAUAUGUUCUUGAUUUACCUUAUGUUGCAUACGCUUCACCCGAAAUUAUCCUAGCGACUUUACAUCUAUUACGUCCCGAGACACAAGUCAAUUUCCAAUCAACAGAAGCUCUACUCACCAAAGAUAUAUGCAUUUCAAAAGAUCUUGAUGAAAUAUUACAGAAUUGUAUUGUAGAAUGGUAUUCAAAUACAAUGCCCAAUAAGAAACUAAAUACUAUUGAAAAAAUAUGUAAUAAAAUACCUGCAUUGGCAAAUGUGUCAGAGACUGAAAGAUCUGCGCUAUUAAAUUAUUAUACAUCUAUUCUAAAACGAUAUGAAAAUACAACCAGUAUAUUAUCUUUAAAGGGCGACAUUUUAAAAGAAGUGAGUCUUAGAAUUGCCGAAUGUUGUGGACGUUCAGCAAUACCAUCAAUGUCGCGAGAUUUUAAAUUUGAUAAUAUGGACACGAAAGUGUCUUUAUUCGAGCCUUCCCUUACCAAUGAUAACCUUGGUUGGAAAACAUGGGGUGCCUCUUUGAUUUUAUCUGAAAUUCUUGUAGAAAAUUUUAAUUCUAAGACAGUAUUUAAGCCCAAAGAUGCUUCUGAACCAUUAAGGGUACUGGAACUAGGUGCAGGAACAGGUCUGGUGGGUAUAUCGUGGGCCUGCAAGUGGAAAGAAGAAUUUGAAACUUCAAAUUUGAAAAUUCAAAUGUUUGUAACAGAUUUACCAGAGAUAUUGGAAAAUUUAAAAAAGAACGUAAUAAAUAAUAAUGUGGGUAACUUUGUAACGGCAGAUGUUUUAGAUUGGACAUAUCCCGAUCCAUUUGUUAAGAAGUAUGAAAUAAAGGACAAUUCAUUUGAUAUAAUUUUGGUGGCUGACCCAAUAUAUUCUCCAAACCAUCCGGAAUGGGUCGUUAAUAUGCUUUCAAAGUUUUUAAAAACUGAUGGAAAAUGUUAUUUGGAAAUUCCAAUACGAUCCAAAUAUGCCAAAGAAAGGGAAAUUCUUAUUCAACUUUUACAAAAAAAUAAUUUUGCGGUUUUGAAUGAACGUUACGACCAAGGGGUAGACGACUGGGGAUCAGUUAAGUAUCUUUAUAGAGAAAUUGUACUAAAAGGUUAA